UUUCUUAUCAAUUCUUCAGUUUUAUCGCCGUUUGUGAAAAGCCCCAAUUUCGCCGUUUGUGAAAAGCCCCAAUUUCGCCCUAAAUCUCCAUAUCCAUCGCAAUUGAUAGCUCGAAUCCAUUUUUGAGGCAUGUCUUUCUUCUUCCUCCUAAUUUCGUUAUUUGUUUCGAUUAUUUGUGAUUUCAAACAGCUUUUGAUUUCGAUAAGGGUCAGAUUUAGUUAUCUGUUUUGUUAGGGUUCGAUUUAUCUAGAUUUAUUUCGUUAUCUGUUUUUUAGGGUUCGAUUAUUUACAGAUUUUGAGAAUGUGGAGUUUCGAAUCCAUCUGUUUUGUUAGGGUUCGAUUAUUUACAGAUUUGACUCAAAAAUAGCUUUUGGAUUUGAGUAUUUGCGCCUUCAUAAACUGAACGAUUUUUUUUUUUUCCCAAGUGUUGGUGAUUGAAAUGUUGGGGAACUGAAGCUUCUCAUUUCUCUGUACUCACACAACAGAGCUGAUCCUGGUUAUAAAAGUGGAGCUUGGAAAUUUGUAAGGGAUGUGUCUGCGGCUUUAGGUGACAUAGAAAUGAUAAUAUGUCCUUGUAAAGACUGUCGUAAUGUAGUACGACAGUUAAACAGUGUUGUGGUUGAGCAUCUUGUAAUAAGAGGGAUGGAUGAGGCAUACAAGGUGCAUAGUGAUUGGUAUCAUCAUGGAGAUGUGAAGUCAGUAGAUGAAUUUCAAAGUAAACCAACUCAGUGGAAUGAGGAAGUUUUUGAGUUAUAUAAAGCUGCUGAAUUUUUUGAUCAAGAGUUGGCUUUUAGAGGUGACUUAGCUGACCAACCUGUGGGCGACUUAAGUGAGAUUGCAGAGGGUGAGGACCAACAAGAGGAUGAGUUCCUUGCAAAGAUCCGGGAUGCUGAAACCCCACUAUACCCUAGCUGUUCAAACCACAGCAAGUUAUCGGCUAUUGUGACUUUGUUUAGGAUUAAGACACAUAAUGGCUGGUCGGAUAAGAGCUUCAAUGAACUGCUUCAGACAUUGCCAAGCAUGUUGCCAGAUGGUAAUGUCUUUCACACAUCAUUGUAUGAUGUCAAGAAAUUUUUAAAGAGCUUUCAUAUGGGAUAUGAAAAGAUCGACGCAUGUGUUAAUGAUUGCUGCCUCUUCAGAAAGAAGUUAAAGAAGCUUGAUAAAUGUCCCAAAUGUAAUGCUUCACGGUGGAAGACUAAUAAGCGGACUAAUGAGGUAAAGAAAGGUGUCCCACAGAAAGUAUUAAGAUAUUUUCCAAUUAUACCAAGGCUGAAGAGAAUGUUCAGAUCAGAGAAUGUGGCGAUCACACAAGUCUGUCACGGUGAAGGCUAUAAAUUUGGCUGCAAAUAA